AUGAUGUCACUACGUCAUGUCUUCUGUCUUCUCACUAUCGCACUGUGUUGUGUCUGCAGCUGUGUGGUAGCUGAUGAUGAAGCUGAAGCUCUUAAGGCUGAGGAAAUUCCUCCUGUGGAUCCUCCUCCUCUUGGUGUUGUGCCUCCUGCAUCUUCUCCCUGUCUACAUAAUUCAGUAGCCGGGCCCUCUGAACCUCAGUGUUCUAAUGAUAGUUUGGUCGUGGGUCAUCGUAAUCAUGAGGAGGAAGAUUCACUUAAGGAUCAUUUGGUUGAGGUAGAAGAAGAAACAGCCAGUACAGGUUUGGGAGGAGGAUUAAAAGCUGGACAAGCAGUUCAGCAUUCUGGUCCGGCAAAAAGUGUACCUGCGAAAGUUGUUCCCGAGAAGAAAACUGACCUUGAUGUGAGUCUUUCACAUGUCAAUUUGGAAAAUCAUCAGCAAGGGGAAAAGGAGACUAAAAACUCUAAGAACACACUUGCUCGUGAAGAAGCGGCUGAGAAUGAACGUCAGAAUGGAAACAAUCGUGAUAAUGAAGCAGAAGCAUCUAUCGCUCAAACUACUUCAGUUUCACUACAAGGAGGGAGAGGUAUAAAUGAUAAUGGCUCCCACAUUGUUUCUGUCGAUAAUGGUCGUGAUCAAGGUGGUGGGGAUAAAACAAAAGUAGAGAAGACAACAGAAGAGAAAGCGAAUGCUCCAGGAAGUGAACAAGCAGAAGAGAAGAGGAAAAGUGAAAAAGAAGCACAAUCUGAUUCUCCUACUUUAUCCAGUACAGUUAAUACUGACACUCACGAAAACCGUUCUCAGCAGGAACAGAUACCCUCUCCAGAGGAAUCUCAAUCACACAGCGAUACAACGGAGAACCAUAACACAACUACUACGAACUCUGAAACUUCAACUACACCCAGUAAUGAGGAAUCACCCUCAACCACCACCACCACCACAACAACAACACUUCCUCCUGAACUCACAAACAACAAGAAGGGUGAUGCAGACAGCAGCAGCAGUAUCAGCAGUUCUGUGUGGGUGCGUGUACCACUACUGAUUGUGGUUACACUGGCCUGUGUUCUUCUGUGCUGA